AUGGCUCUGAUCCUCCUCCCGCUGCUUCUGCAAACAGGACUCGUUUUGGGAUCAAAUUAUGGAUACGUGGAAUGGUCGGAAAACGACAGAGACGAGAAAAACCCGCCAGUGUUUAGCACGCAGAGCAUCAAGCGGGAGCCGCCCCUCCAGCCCACCUCGUACCCGCUACAGCCGACAGAGCGCACGGUGGUGGCGCACAAAAUAGAGGAGGACCUUCCCAGGGUGGUGACGGCUUUCCUGCACACCGGGGACUCCUCCGCUCUGAGGCAGGUCAACUGCUCCCGGAGGUAUGAGCUGAGCAGUCUGCGUGGCGGCCUCCACGUCGCCUCUCAUUACUCCCUGCACAGCGUCCUGGACACGGUGGCUCACGCCACCAACUUCCUCAACAUGAUCCUGCAAACUAACAGGUCCCGCGAGCGAACCUUCCACAGGGACAUCCACUGGUACCACGCGCUGGUUCAAAGCAUCCUGGAGGGGGAUCCGAAAAUCCACAGGGCAGUGGUGACCCUGCACACGGACGCCUCGACCCCAGGACCUCAUGUUUUUCUCCAGGCGACCAGGACUGGAAAUGAGGUGGUGCUGCAGGACCUGUCUGGGUCAGCGCGCCGUCACCUGAACAACAGGAGCCCGGAGUCUGACUGGUUCCAUGACUUCAGGGACGGGAGGAGACCUCAGGCGCGCGGAGGCGCCCCUGAUGGAUCGGGCCCCAACAGUGGAAGUUAUCUCCUGAGCAAGAACCAGAUCAGAUGGUCCGCGCCUUACCUGGAGUGUGAACAUGGGACUUUUGUGCCAUAUUGGCUGCUCACCUUGUCUGCUGGUUUUUAUGGUCUGAAGAGCAACUCUGCACCAGAGUUUAGGGGGGUAAUUCGUGUGGACGUGAAUCUGCAGGAUGUGGAUAUUGACCAGUGCUCCAACAGUGGCUGGUUUGCUGGGACUCAUCGCUGUAAUCUAACCAGUAUGGAGUGCACUCCCAUCGGCGGCCACGGAUUUGUGCUGGACAAAUACAAGUGCCAGUGUAGGAAAGGAUUUUACCAUCCGAGCCGGGUGGCGCUCAAUGGCUUUAAAAACAGGGAGCAAAGCUCUUACAGAGAUGAGACCUCUGACGUGUCCAACAAGUGCCUGCCAUGCAGGGAGGGCUGCCCAUACUGCCAGGACGACACGCCCUGCUUGGUGCAGGAGGACGGCGGUCUGCGGCUCUCCGUGGCCUCCUUCCAGGGUCUGUGCAUGAUGCUGGACCUCGCAAGCAUGCUCCUGGUCUACCGUUUCAGGAGAAACAAGAGUAUCCGUACAUCUGGUCUCAUUCUACUGGAAGCCAUCUUGUUCGGGGCGUUACUGCUGUACUUCCCAGUGAUGAUCCUGUACUUCAAUCCCAGUGUGUUCCGCUGCAUCCUGCUGAGAUGGGUUCGCCUACUGGGAUUCGCCACCAUGUACGGCACCGUCAUCCUCAAGCUGUACAGGGUGCUGAAGGUUUUCCUGUCCCGCACGGCCCAGAGGACCCCAUACAUGACCAGCUGGCGUGUCCUACGGCUGCUGGCGGUGAUUCUCCUCAUUGUGCUGUGGUUUUUGGUGGCUUGGACCUCUGCUGUGUGCCAGAGUCCAGAGCUGAGUCGAAGUCUCAUAGUUGCAGGCUUCACCCCUGAGGGACUGCAGUUUACAAUGUGCCUGCUGGACCGAUGGGACUACAUGAUGGCAGUGGCUGAGUUCCUGUUCCUGCUUUGGGGAGUGUACCUGUGCUAUGCUGUCCGCACCAUCCCCUCCGCCUUCCACGAGCCGCGUUACAUCGCUGUGGCCAUCUACAAUGAGCUCCUUAUAUCGGCAAUCUUCCACAUAAUCAGGUUCUCAUUGGCUCCUGGGCUUCACCCCGACUGGAUGCUCAUGUUAUUCUUUGCUCAUACUCAUCUGACUGUGACCGUAACUCUGGCGCUGCUGCUUGUUCCAAAGUUUGUUACCAAAGGUGCUCCGGCCCGAGACGAUAUCGCCACUGAGGCCUAUGAGGAGGAGCUGGACAUGGGAAGAUCCGGCUCUUACAUCAACAGCAGCAUCACGUCUGCCUGGAGCGAGCACAGCUUGGACCCAGAGGACAUACGGGAAGAGCUGAAGAAGCUGUACGCCCAGCUGGAAAUCCACAAAAGGAAGAAGAUGCUUGCCAACAACCCUCAUCUUCAAAAGAAGCGCAACUCAAAGAAAGGCCUGGGUCGCACCCUGAUGAAACGGAUUACAGAGAUUCCAGAGACCAUGCACUUGCACCGCCAGUGCAGCCGAGAUGAUGGCAGUGAGCACGGAAGCAACCGUAGCACACUGAGGAGAAACCAGCUGGAGGCGAGCUGUCAAGGAAAACUUCGAGACGACUCUCUGAAAAACAAGGUCACAGGGCUGACGAAGUCACUCAGCUUUGACCAUGUUUGUGAGCAGGAUGCUGAAACUGGAAGCCAAACUGGCUCGGUUCCAGGAGACAAAAUGACUCCCGUUGGAGAGGGGUCUUUUCUAGGGUCCCUUAUUAGCCGCAGACACAAAAAGCAUCUGGAACCAGCCGGGACUCUGCCGAGGCUAGAGUCCGCUGAGUCCACUGAGUCCGUUCCGCUCUUCUGGAAGUCUGCCAGCGCUCAUAACCUCACCCAUGAGAAAAAACCCAUCCACCUGCGGACUUCCAUCAUGCAGAAAUCUCUGAGUGUGAUUACCAGUGCCAAGGAGAAGAUGCCAGUACUUUCUAACAAGACUCAAAGUGUGGAAGAUGGCAGUAAGAAGGGUCAGAAGGCACCGGCAGAGAGAACUCUGUCAGAAGUGGAUGAGAUGCCUGAGCAUUUCCCCAAAAUGAUCAUUAGCCAAUCAGUGGAGUACUCCAAGACUCCCUUGAAGAUGGGAAUAAUGAAACAACAGGUAAGCGGCAGUCAGCCAUCCAUUUGCUCUGAGACAGGGAGGAGCCUCUAUGAUGUUUCGGAGGUUUGUCCCUGGGAGCUGGAUGAAGCUCAGACUCCCACUGAGUCAAAGAUCCAGAAGCAUGUUUCCAUUGCUCCAUCAGAACCUGCCUCAGGUCGAAGGGGCAGUAGCAGCAGCUCAGGAACUGCCAAAGUCAGUCGGUCUCAGCAGAGGCAGAAACCUGGGCAGUCUCCAUCAAACAAGCGGCGCUCUAAGGAGAAAGGGGGAGAAAGGGAGGAGAGGAAGGCUAGGCCACCAAAAUCACCUCUCCCUCUCAAGCCGGACGUGAGCCCCUGGCAGUUUGAUGAGCAGCCCAUGGUUGGAGGAGAUUCUGACUCCAUCUCUCCUGACAGGAUCAGGAGAAAGAAAAGUGUCACACCAACUGAUGGGAAACCUAAAGGACUCCACUCAGACCACUCCAAGUCCACAGGGAGCCUCUUACAGCCCCCAUCUCUCAUGGUGGAAAUCUGCCCCUGGGAUUACGGAGGCCCCCCUUCUCCUAAGCAGGAAAAAACCUGCAACAGUCCCAUCUUGCACAAUAAGAAACGUAAGGGCUCCUCCUCAUCCGCCCACAAAUCAGAGAAGGAUAGAACGAGGGAGAAAAGCAAGGAAAGGCGUAGCUCAUCCAGCAAGCCACCAUCGGAAAGGAGACGGGUUAGCCAGUCCUCUGAGGGUGGAGGGAUGGUUACUGAGAGGAGGAGGAGCUCAACCAGAGACGUCGAGGUUUUCUCCCGUGACUACGAGCCCUCGCACACUCACAGCGGCAUGGCUCAGACUAAAAAAUCCCCUGAAAAGAAGAAAGAGAAAGCUUUGCGCAGUAGUUAUAAACCUGCAGUUCUAAGCAGCGCAAAAAUGGUUGACGUUUGCCCCUGGGACUUCCCAGAGAAGGAUUCAGGGGAGAGGGCAUGAUAACUGUUGGGAUGAUUUGAUCCUUCUAUACUCGCUGAGUGAGAGCUCAGAGAACAAAGGGAAGCUAAAAAUAUACCAGCGUGUUUGGUACAUUUUUUUCCCUCUUCAUGUCAUCUAAGUGAAAAGGGCCUUGUAAGCCCUUUAGGUCUUCUGUCCAGACAGACCUAUUUACAGAGCUCUCAAAGCAACCUUGUUGCUUUAAAAAGGACAUUUAUUUUAUCUGCACACCUGCCUGCACAUCUGUCAUAGUUUGUAUGUUUUAUCAGCUUUAAUACAUCUUGAAGGUAUGUAAAAGAUUCAUGCCUGUGCUAGUAAGCUGAGCAGACAAUCAUCCAACUGUAAAACCUGAGUUCCUCGGCUUGAGCUCAGCGCUUGUUGAAAAACACAGAGAGAGCAAAAAGAAAAACUUCAGGAGGAAGGAGAACAUGGGCUCUCAGGCUCUAAGACAUGGGAGUAAAACAACAGACACCACUGCAAUUCCUUGUCUUUGGGCAAAAUGCAUUAUUAAUGGGAUGAAAACGAUGUGUUGGAUUAACCAAUCAUGGGAAUAACAAAGCUUUGCACUACAGCUUAAUGAAGGAAAUGGUUUGAUUAAACGUUCUCCAUUUGAAAUGCCUUGCAAAAGCAGUCAUAUCCCAAAAAUAUUUUUAUUUCCUCAUGCUACAUUCACAAUCUGGGGCAUCUUCAUUUAAGCCCCCAUUAUUAUGACAGCCUUAAAUAAAACCCUCUGUCAACAUUUGCAUUCACAAAUGAGCUUAUUUGUAUCUAGAGUUGGCAUGUGGAAUUUUAGCCUCCUUGUAGUUAAACCACAGCUGCUCUAUGAAGCAUCCUAAGGUUUAUUGAUUUAAUUGGGGUCAUUUACACAAAUUUGACUCAUGGCUCUCUAUACAAAAAAAAAUGUAGAGAAAUAUACAUCAAGAUUGAUCAUGCAUACCAAUUUGAUCCGUCAUAAAGCCAUGCAAUCAAACUUAGUCUUUUAUUUCAAUCAGGGAAAGCUUGUUCUAUCUAAGAAAAUCCGGUGGUUGCAGUGAUCUUUUUUAAAGAACAAGCACAUGGUUACAGUGGGAAGGAAAAUUCCCAGUUAAAACCAGGUUCAAUGCUAACCACCAUCUAUCACGUCUGAAUAAUGGUUGCAUAAAACCGAGCACAAAACAACACAGAAAUCCUGGUCCAGGAACACUUUGAAUAAAAGUAAGGAGUUAUUGAAAGGAGUAGGUCCUUGAGUGGCUUCAUCUAGAAGAGAAACACAGGUUGACAUAUACGUUUUGAACUUAUGGUAGUAUAAAAAAAACAGCCUUAUCGUAUACAUAUAGUCAGUGACUUUGUUGAUAUUUAAACACUUUAUUUUCCUUCUUCUUUAGAAAUAAGUAGAAUCUUUUCCUGGCCUGCCAUGGAAAGUAUCAAUUAAACAUAUUAAAAAAGUGUUUAACAUAUCUGAAUGGGAAAUGAAUACUUUUGCAAAGCUCAAUGUUUUUUUUUUUUUUUACAAAGUCAUUGCAUGUGGUAAAACUAUCCAGCAUCAACUAAUUAAAUGUUUACUGGUGAACUUGUUCUCAAAUAUGACAGUGGGAGUCUAGAUGUCGUUGCGUCCGGUACUUGUUCAUUAACAAAGAACAUGAUGUUAUAGAAAUGGCGUGCAUUGCUGUCAGAGUUGUCCAACUGCUUUUCAUAUGGCAUGCUGUUUACAGUUGAGCAGUACUGAGGUUGUUAUUUGCUGUUAACCCUAAUCUCCUGGCUCUCCUGGUUACACAUAUUCUUAUAGGUAUAAAGAAGAACUCUUUUCAUCAAAAGCUGUAGUUUCCCCACACACACAGAGUGAAAAACAAAGGACCAAAGCUGAAACCGCCUACCGUGGAUGUUGUGAAUAAUGCAUUUGGUCCCCUCCUUAGCCCAUUUUAUCUGCCUGAAUGCACUCCCCUCUUACUAUUGCACAUAUUCAGCCACUAAAAAUCCCUUCGCAUGACUUGUUUUUUAUUUUUGUUUCUUUCUUCCUCUGCAACAGAGUGUAAGUAAUUAAUCAUUGUGGCAUCAUUUCAAACAUAAACAACAACAGUCAGGCUGUCUGUCCUGUGAUUAGCCACCCACCACUGACAGCUCAUGCCAUUGUGUCAAACAGCACUCAGCUCAGAACCAAGAUGGUUGUGUAUGCAUGGCAGCGAGAAUAUGAAGACCCCAUCAAUUCACGAAAAUCAUGAAAUAAUCACAACACGUCUUCUAAAUUGGGAAUAUUUUUGAAGCACAUUUUUAGAUGUACCAAUCAUGCACUUGGUGUGUAACAUGAAUGGCUUCAUGAUCAGAUGCCUUUUUGUAAUUGACUCCUCUCCUUUGCCAACUACAUGUUAUCUAUUGCUUGUUAUCCAGUAUAUUGUGGCUCGAGCAGAUUACAAAUGGUUGUACCCUCCACAUGCAAUUAUUUAUAUAAUGUACUCGGAUUGUGUUGCAUGUACAAACAGUACAAACUGUUCUCAAUUGGGAUUAAAGGUUUCUACAAAAGCAAACUCAUGGAAACUUUCAGUUCUUGCUAGGAUGGUAAUAAUAAAAUGUGUGUAAAUAAAUAGCCCAUACUGCUGUCUAAAUAGUAAUAUCUUUUACAGAAAACAACAAUAUCAAUGUGACAACUUUUGCGAUAAAGAACUCCAGUUUACUAAAAUUGCAACUUGUCUCAGAGCUCAACAAACUUUCUUCAAUGUAAAACAAUACAUUCUGUAAUUGUCCAUGCCAACACUGCUUAUUCAAAUAAAGUUUCUUUGUGUGAAUGCUAUUUAGAACAGUCAGUACAACAGUGCCACCAUAUGGCAGGACAGAGUUAUUGCAUGUUGUUUAUUGUUGUGCAACAUGCUAUAACUCUAAUAAAAAAAAAAAAAACAACUUUAACGCCAUUGGAGUGAUUUCAUUGUCACAAUCUAAUUAUUAUAAGUUAGAGAUUGGAAGCUAAUUAGAGAAAGGCUUUUUUCAAAAACAGACAAGCAGUUCCAGACAGGGGGCCAGCUAGGGC